CCCCCUAAAAAAUCCUCUCUUUCUUCCUUCCUUUUCCCAUGUGCACAGGGUAAUAUUAACCCUGCUUUAUGGUCGACAAUUUUGCUUCAAUAAUUGACAUUGUAUUUUACGGUGCUUUGGGUGUCAGGCAACUCUCGAUUGGUGUGUGCAAUAACAACUUUCAAGAUCAUUGUAUAUUAAUGGAAUACCAAUUAGACAACUGCCUUUAUGUGGGGGCCAAACUGCCAAAAGAAUGGGCAGCGAAAAACCCAUUGGGCAGCAUGGUCGAAGCUUUGCGUCUGAAAGGAAGGCGGCUUGCGAUUCAGAAAUAUCGAAGCUUUCAACCUUGCAAUGCUAGGCAAGCAAGCUUGGAGAAUCUGCCAAGACCAAAAUUCUCCCCUCUACAUUUAUGGAAGAUAGGUAGCGACCCUCGGCAGGUUCAGGGUUUGGGGUCCAGGCCAUCCUACACUGGGAGAGGAAUUUUGGAAGCCCGAAAAGUCUUUAUGACGGGAACAAGAUGGGGCAGCCGCGCGCUCAGUGAACAACCCCGUAGAUGGAACAUCCCGGGGCAGUGGGGCAACAUGCAAUUCAGCAACGGAAAAAUUAAUAUGGCAUCACACCAGUCAUAUUUGGGAUGA